AUGAAACAGAGAGAGAUAAUAGAUGUAAAAUCUUCAUUAUGCACUGUGCCAUACAACAAAUACAUCAAACUAAUAGAUAAAUACCUUUGUAAAGGUAUUCAUGAUCCAUUCAUACCAUCACUUGUCAUAAUAUAUUCGAUCUUGUUUCUACAAAGUUUACAAUUAUAUGCUCUAUUUGCUUAUCCAAUAAUACCAUCGGCUAGUUCAUCAACAAAUACCACUAGUCUCAUAUUUAUAGAUGAAUAUUUCCUAGACAUAGCUUCGAACGUUUUAAAUCUAUUAUUUAUUGUCAGGUUUCAAUUUUAUUGGCGGUUUCCAUUAUUUAUUGAAAUCAUUCUAUUCAUUUUUCAAAAUGUCGGAUGUUAUAAUCUCCUAUUCAAUAAGCUGUUAAGCUUCCUCAUAGAUUCUUCAACUAUAAGCGUAUCAAAUGUAACGCCAUUAACAAUAUUUCUUAUUAUACAAAUUGUUUUCCCUUACAUCAUCCUCAUAAUAAACUUAAUCGACUACAAGAAUUUUAGUUCAUUUCACCAUUUUUUCCUGGAUUGUAAUAAUAACUACUUGCCUAUUUUCAUAAGUCAUUCAUUUCUUUUCAUUAACACACUGUUUCCACUACUUAAUAUUUUUGUACCUACAUCGCGACUUUCAAUUUAUUUGCUCAAGUAUUUUGCAUCUGCUUUGAUUUUUGCAUACAAGAUUUCAUCAUUUAGUUUAAAAUUUUACGCAAUCUACAAAUUUAUUCUUUAUGAAAUUGUGGCUAUAUUGUAUAAUACUACCAAUAUCGAAGAUUAUUCAAUUUUUUACAAGAUAUCAAUAUUUAAUACUAACAGUGGUAAUAGUAACAACCUUAAAGAACUCCAUCACAGAACUAUUAAUUACACAAUGGUAACAUCCUGUACUUUAGUCAUUUUUAUAGAUGUAAUCAUAGUCCUAGCAUAUUUGUAUUACUCCUUAAUUCUUGCAUAA